GAAGCGAGCGGCGGCGCAUCUGUGACGCUUGACUUUGUUGUACUUGUCAUUCAGACAUCGGAGGAAUUUGAGGAGACCAGGAGUACCGAGCUCGUUGCGGCGGGGUCCUUGAUUUAAAGGUUCCGUCGUGUCGUAUCGAACCCACAGACGCUCGGGUUCGUCCUCGGCGCGCCGGGAGCGCGGCGGACACGAGUGCGGGUGAGUGGCCGCAGCUCGCCAGGCUGCCUGGCGUCGCGCUAGCUGCGCGGCUAACGCAGGCCGCGCUCCGCGGGGCUGGCGGAGCGCGCUCGAGCCAACCGUCCCGGGCUCUUGACUACACUCUGGUGCGAGAACGUCUGCUCCAGGUCGCUCAGCAGCGCGGUAAAGCGCGACUGAGGCGCGCUAGUGUUGUGCUAGCAUGCGUGCUAAAUGCGCCAGCAGGUUGAUGUCGUGCGUGGCUUUGACCUGCUGCUAUUCCGGACCUGGUCUGUGCUCUCUGCAUAAGAACUGACCGGAAAUAUUCUGUACAAUACGCCUGUUCAUGUUUCACUCUUUGGCAUUGAGAUAAACAAAUGCUACUCAUUACUGUAAUUUGUGUGUCUUACCUUUUGUUUUUAUUCUACCUUUUGUUCUGUUAUUCUGCUGCAGCUUCAAUGAAUUAUUCUGCUUUGUGGUAUUUAGUUGUCCAAAGAGAUGGAUCAUUUGUUUUUAACUUUCGUUAGAAUUCUGAUUUAGUUUUAACGAAUAUCUUUUUGGUCAUUUGUUGUGGGCAUUUUCAGUCCUUUUUUGAACAGCUCUUUUCGCUUCUCCAUCAUUGACUUGUGGAUUGAGCGUGGUAUUUUCCAAAGACAGUCUGAGAGAGAGCGUGCGCUUGAGUGGGAAGGAGGAAGCAGGCGCUCUCGAUGUGCACCUGCCUUUGUACGCCGCGACGGUCCGACCUGUUGGGUAACCUGGCGGAUGUUCUGAAUGCCUUCCUAUCACAGAUGCCGCCCCCUCCAUGCUCUUCCAUGAAGAGAGGAGAGAAGCCCGACGGACACAGGCAGAUGAGACCUAAGACCUUCCCGGCCAGCAGCUACAGCGCCAACAGCCAGCAGAUGCUGCAGGAGAUCCGGAACAGUUUGCGGAACCUGUCCAAGCCCUCAGACCCUCCCAAAGCUGAGAGCGCCGGGAAGAUGCUUCCGGAAGACUCCAGGCAGCAGAGGCGCACCAGCAACCCCAAGAACCCUCACCACAAGGCCCUGCAGGAGAUCCGGGAGGCCCUGCAGCCGUUCGCCAGCACGGAGCCCGUCUUCACAGCAUUCGAGGAGAACCGCGGCGCGGCACUGGACUACAUGGGCAAAGUGUCGUAUCAGGACUCAAGGGAGCCCAAACCUGCAGGUACGUCUUCCGGUUUGGCAGAGUGCAGCGGCCCGGUCCAACACGGUGGUGUGGUGUGGUGUGGUGUGUCUGCAGGUCCCGUCCACAUGCAGCAUCCCAUCCUGCGGAGGCCCAGCUGGAAGGGCUCCAAAGAGUCCCUAGCUCCUCGGCACCUGAUGCCGGAGACCAUGUACCGCUCUGACAGCCCCGGGCCGCAGGCUCAGCGGGUCAACCCCCCUCUGCCUCCUCAGGUGCGCAGCAUCACGCCGCCACCUAACCGCGGCCCCGUGGCUCCGGCGCCGGCCUGGGACAGCAACCCGGCCACCAAGCGCUACUCUGGGAACCUGGACUACGCCGCCCCUCGCAUCUCUCCGGUCCCUCAAGGCGCCUGGCCCGACAGCUACCCUUCUGCCUCGCCUCAGAACCAGCGGGGGAUGGGCUCGGCGCCGGCAGCUCACCCACCCAUCAUCAUGCAGAGCUCUGGCGCCACCAAGUUCACCUUUCCCUCCAGCUGGUCCCAGAACGGUUCGCCUCAGACGGACUUCCUGUCCGGGGGCAGCAGGCAGCCGCCGCCCCCGUACCCUGCUGCUCAGAUGCAGGCUGGAGGCUCUGCCUCCUCGCCGUCCUACGUCAACGGCGGGAACAUGGUCCCCAACAGGAACAGUCACAACCUGGACUUGUACAACCUGGGCCCGCCUCAGUCCUGGUCGCAGGCCGCCCUCAGAGCAGAACCGCAGGCCUCAGCGGGGAGCGGCAGCAACCAGGACCUGUCCCCGUCCUGGCAGCACAGUGUGCCGGCCCGCACCAAUUCCUUCAACAACCACCAGCUGAGCGGCCGAGCAGGCCGUUCGCAGCCCUCGGCCACUACCGUCACCGCUGUCACGCACGCCCCCAUCCUGCAGCCCGUCAAGAGCAUUCGGGUCCAGAAGCCGGAGCUGCACACAGCGGUCGCCCCGACUCACCCGCCCUGGAUCCAACAGGCACCGCCUCCCGCGCCGGUGCCGCCUGCCCCGGUCCCUGCAGAGGUCCCCAGCUAUCAGGGACCGCCACCCCCCUACCCCAAACACCUCCUGCAGCAGCAGGCGCCGUCCAACCCGCCUGCUUACGGCGCGGGCGGCGGGAGAGAGGAGCCGGGUGAGGACGGCGGCGCUGCUGCCGAGGUCCGGGACAAGAGCGCAGAAGGUCCAGAGGUGACCUCUGCAGUGGAGAGGAAGCAGAUCACCACAUCGCCGGUGCCGGUGCGGCGCACCAAGAGGGACGAAGAGCCACGUGGCGAGUCGGGCCGCGUCGCGCUCUACUCGCCGCAGGCUUUCAAGUUCUUCAUGGAGCAACAUGUGGAGAACAUCCUGAAGAACCACCAGCAGAGGAUCCGCCGCAGGAAGCAGCUGGAGAGCGAGAUGCAGCGGGUGGGUCUGACGUCAGAGGCUCAGGAGCAGAUGAGGAUGAUGCUCUGCCAGAAGGAGUCCAACUACAUUCGGCUGAAACGGGCCAAGAUGGACAAGAGCAUGUUCAAGAGGAUCAAGACUCUGGGCAUCGGUGCCUUCGGCGAGGUGUGUCUGGCCCGGAAAGAGGACACGGGGGCGCUGUACGCCAUGAAGACCCUGCGCAAGAAGGACGUGCUGCUGAGGAACCAGGUGGCCCACGUCAAGGCGGAGCGCGACAUCCUGGCCGAGGCCGACAACGAGUGGGUGGUGCGCCUCUACUACUCCUUCCAGGACAAGGACAACCUGUACUUCGUGAUGGAGUACAUCCCGGGCGGCGACAUGAUGAGCCUGCUGAUCCGCCUGGGCAUCUUCAGGGAGGAGCUGGCCCAGUUCUACAUCGCCGAGCUCACCUGCGCUGUGGAGAGCGUCCACAAGAUGGGCUUCAUCCACCGCGACAUCAAGCCUGACAACAUCCUGAUCGACCGCGACGGACACAUCAAGCUCACCGACUUCGGCCUCUGCACCGGCUUCCGCUGGACCCACGACUCUAAGUACUACCAGAGCGGUGACCACGUGCGCCAGGACAGCAUGGACUUCAGUAAGGAGUGGGAGGACCCGGCCAACUGCCGCUGCAGCGACCGCCUGAAGCCCCUGGAGCGCCGCAAGGCCCGGGACCACCAGCGCUGCCUGGCCCACUCUCUGGUGGGGACCCCCAACUACAUCGCCCCCGAGGUGCUGCUGCGCACAGGCUACACACAGCUGUGCGACUGGUGGAGCGUCGGGGUGAUUCUGUACGAGAUGGUGGUGGGGCAGCCGCCCUUCCUGGCCACCACGCCACUGGAGACACAGCUCAAGGUGAUCAACUGGAGCAGCACGCUGCACGUCCCGCCUCAGGCCAAGCUCAGCGCCGAGGCCUCGGACCUCAUCGUCAAGCUGUGCCGCGGCCCGGAGGACCGGCUGGGCAAGAACGGGGCCGACCAAAUCAAAGCCCACCCCUUCUUCCAGACCAUCGACUUCUCCAGUGACCUGCGCCAGCAAGUGGCGCCCUACGUCCCCACCAUCGCCCACUCCACCGACACCUCCAACUUCGACCCGGUCGACCCGGACAAGCUGCGCAGCGGCGACACCGACGACGAGGACCGUCUCAACGACACCCUCAACCUGUGGUUCCGGAACGGCAAACACCCGGAGCACGCCUUCUACGAGUUCACCUUCCGCCGCUUCUUCGACGACAACGGCCACCCGUACAGCUGCCCCAAGCCCAUCGCCUACGACGGCUACGACGAGGAGCAGGGCGCCGAGGAGGCGGCCGCCCAGACCCGGGACCUGGUCUACGUGUGAGGCCCGGGACGGACCAGAGAGUCACCUGAUCGCCACAAACUCGCCUGUCAAUACCUUGUUUUUUUUUUUUUGUUUCUUUAAAAUCAAUCUGCCGCCACUUACCGCCUUUCGUCCAUCACGUGACUAAACCUGCGCACUUCACCGUUACUUUGUUUUUCCAGCCGGAUCAGGAGGUUUGGCGCCGACUCAGCUGGUCACCGUGGCCAGGAACUGUAAUUUAUUUAAACCAGCUGCUGGUGUGACCUUUAAUUUAUACCUGUUUCUUUUUUUUCGGGGCUUAGUGAUUGAGAGUUUUUCACCAAAUAUAUCCCGAGGGUUGGAGUAAAUCAGAGUUUUUAUGUAGAGCUUAGCCGAGCGAGCGUAGCUUGUGUCCUAAUUUAUACCUGUAUUUAUGAUGAAGCUGUACACACGGCUGGGCGCAGCGCUGCCUAACACUCUGCCACUAACUCACCAGUAGAUGGAAUGUUUCUCGACCAAAGCACUAAACCCGCGACUCCUGGGCCCCGUGAGUCGCUUCCUCCGGACUCGCUGCUCUGGGUCCCUUUGUUCUGGUUUGAAUGUAGACGUCUGUGCACUGGUUCUUUUUGUCCGUUGCUCGGAGCGACGCUAACAGAUGUCGGGAUGAAUAAAGGAUGGAACUCUGGUUUAAGAUGGAGCCAAGUGUCGGCGUCUGUUCUCUCCUGUCUAAAGCAGCUUCACUGAACACUGACUGGGUGAGUUUGGUUCAUCUGAUGUUGAGGCUGAAGCAGAACUAACUGGGGUUCAACUGACAGACCCUGGACUGCAGCUGCGCUCAGGCAGGAUUUAAAACACUUGGAUCUGUGACUCUUAACCACAUGGUUGGGCCGUCAGCGAGGGCCACUAGAAGGUUUCUUUUUUUUUGUUUUUUUUUCACCGCUGGGCCGUGAGAUAGUCAGUUUUAAUACACUCGCCAUAUAUGGUGGCAGUAGUGAGUCAGUGAACCGACUUGACUGCUGCACAUCUGUGAUGGUGACCAGCUAUGGAGAAGCUCUUGAAAAUGAUGGAGCAAGUGAUGGCGCCCCCUACAGUAAACACUAUAGGAAGAGUUUUUAAAAUUACAUUUUAUGGCGAUAUGAAAAUGUUCUAUAUUUAGACAUUCUGUAGUCUAUUAAUUCAGAAUCGUAUUCAUGAUGAACAGUUUUCUCAACAGAACGUGACUUGCACCUGCUGCUGAUCCCAUGGUUUCACGUCAUUUCACCAGGUUUUGGUUUGUUCACACGUAUAUGCUUAUUGAACACAUGGAGAUCAGCAAUCA